CAAUUCGGAUUGUGAUGCAAACGGACGCGCGUGUUCGUAACGUGCACGUUGAAUGCCAAAACCAAACAGUUCAAAACUGCUGAAGGGAAAUAUUUUUGAAGAACGCGUAAAUCGCGCGGUCGUGUUGUGAACAACGAAGAAGAGUCGAGAGAAGAAAACUUGCAAAUCAAAAUUGUGAAACACAAUUACAAAAUGCGAAAUGAAUGAGAAUAAUUGCGACGAUUAAAAGAAGUGCGACGAACAACUCGAUUUCUUUUUUUUUUUUUUUUUAGUUUUUGUUUAUGUUGCGAAAGAAAAAAAAAAUUUGAAAUUCGAAAAACGAAAAACGAAAAAGCAGCGAGUAGCGAGCAGCGAGCGGCGAAAAGCGGAAAUGAAUGAUGUCAGUUGUGUGCACAUCGAAGAAAGCAACGGAAAUUAAAAUUUGCAUGUGCAGCAGGGCAGAGAAUCGGAAUCAGAAUCAGAAUCAGAGAAUCGAAGACCUGAGAAGACCUGUGUGUGUUGGUAUUUGUUUGUUGGCCAUGUGGCAUGUGGCAUGUGGCAAUAAUGCGGCCAAUACUAGAUGAGAGUUGAGAGGCUGCAGCUCUGACUGCUGUCCCCAAAUCUCAGUGACAGACGCCACUCAAAAACGCAAUUCGAACUCUGUUUUCUAAAUAAACUUGACUUGAGUGCGAGAGGAAACGAAUGAGAGAUCUGUUGUUGCAUUAACUGACAAAGCAGCAAAAACUACAACUAUAACAAAAAAAAGGAAAGGAAAGGAAAAAAGAAAGAUAGCAAAAACCCCAACGACAUUGACAACAUCAUCAUCAAGUGAAGUUGGUUCUGCUUCUGCAUUUGCUGCUGCUGCCUCAUCAAGCAAAGAGCUAAACGAGUUUUGAGGGGAGCGAGCGGACAGCAAUCUCCUUCCUCUUUCCCCCUUUGCCUUCGCCCUGUCCCUUGUGUGUGUGUGUGUGGCAAGUGCAACAGUCAUGGCGCUGCAAGGACACAACACGUUCUCCUUUUGCUGCUCCACAGCUGGAUUUAUCGCUUGCUCAGCAAUCGUUCUGCUUUGCAGUUCCGAAGUCCUGUCCAGCUGGGAGGAAUGGUGGACAUACGAUGGCAUUUCCGGUCCAAGCUUCUGGGGACUCAUCAAUCCGCAGUGGAACAUGUGCAACAAAGGACGACGCCAGUCGCCCAUUGAUGUGGUGCCCGAUAAGCUGCUCUUCGAUCCGUACCUGCGACCGCUGCAUAUUGAUAAGCACAAGGUUUCCGGCACACUGCACAACACUGGUCAAUCACUCGUCUUUCGCGUCGACAAGGACACAAAGCAGCACGUUAACAUAUCCGGCGGUCCGCUCGCCUAUCGCUAUCAAUUCGAAGAGAUUUACAUACACUACGGCACCGACAACAGUCGCGGCUCCGAGCACUACAUUCAGGGCUAUAGUUUUCCCGGCGAGAUACAAAUCUAUGGCUUCAACAAGGAGCUGUAUCACAACAUGUCCGAGGCGCAGCACAAAUCCCAGGGCAUUGUCGGACUCUCGUUGAUGGUGCAAAUUGGCGAGACGCCCAAUCCAGAGCUGCGCAUCAUAACGAGCACAUUCAAUAAGGUGCUCUAUCGAGGCUUCUCGACGCCCAUUCGCCACAUAUCGGUGCGAUCGCUGCUGCCGAAUACGGAUCAUUACAUCACGUACGAGGGAUCCACCACGCAUCCGGGCUGCUGGGAGAGCACCGUCUGGAUCAUAGUUAAUAAACCCAUCUAUAUCACGAAACAAGAGUUAUAUCAACUCCGACGACUGAUGCAAGGCUCCGAGAGUACACCGAAAGCUCCAUUAGGUAAUAAUGCGCGUCCCGUGCAAAGUUUACACCAUAGAACCGUAAGGACGAACAUAGAUUUUAAGCGUCACAAGAAUCAAAAUGCGUGUCCUUCGAUGUACAAGGACAUGUACUAUCGAGCGAAUCGCUGGUCACCCGAUACGGGAAUGCUGAUACGUUGACAACCACAACAACAACAACAACAUCAACAAGAACAACAACAACAACAAAAACAGGAACAACGAAGCGCACCAACAAUAACGAUAACAACAACAACUGCAACUGUAACUGCAAUAGAGGCUGGCAACGCAUUUCGCAUUUUUGAUGCCGCAUUCAAAUUUGAUAUUAACGUUUUUGAAACGAGCUCAGGAUUCGUUUGGCUUGCAGCAGCAUUCCUUCUCCUACAAAUGCAACACACAGCAACAAUAACAACUGCAAAAACACCAACAACAACAACAAGAAACUCUCAAAAAUAUGGUAAAAUUGUAGCGAAUAAUUUUGAAAAAGCAAAGCUUGAAAAUACCCUUGCAUAUUAAUCUAGGAAUAAAUGCUAGAAAUAUCAAUACGAAUCGUUCCUAAAACAUAUGAAAAAAGAAAGCUGUCUUUAAUUUGAUUUAAAUAACUUUUAUAAUUUUGCAUGUUUGUACUUUAGUUAUGUAAUAUCGCUCUGCAAGGGUAUUUACAGGGUAUCUAUACAAAAUGAAAGGCCUAUAAGAGCGAAGAAACACAUUAAAAGCCACAAAACCGCAAAAAUGUAUGAAGACAAAAAAAAAAAACUAAAUUAAACUAAAAAAACGAACAGAAAAAUAGCUAACACAAGAGCCUAAAACAUGAGUAAAACACUCACAACACACACUCAGUCAUUCACACACACAUUAUCACACACUCACAUUCAUUCACACACACACACUUGCUCACACAUGACACAAAAUUUAAUUUGACGCCCGAAAAAUUUGUGUUGCAUACUUUCCAACGCAGUGUUCUGUCUGUGGUGAGUUGUGGAGUAGUCUGGUAGCUAGUGAGGAGGGGGUGAGUGGAUGCCCCCCGUUUAAAUCUGCCUGCUACUAUUGCCAUAAAUUAAUUGCUGCCUUAUCAUAUUUACGCAAUAUAAAUAUUUUCGGGCCUAAUAUUAAUUUAUACACACACACACACACACACAAACAAACAAACAUUGCGAGCUGCGAAAUUUGCCUAUUAAUUGCUUUCAAUUUUCCAGUUUUGUUCAAUUUUAUUUAUGGGCAAUUAUUGAUUAUGCCCCAUUAUUGUUGUAUUUAUAAAUAAAUAGUUUUAAUUUUUUGCACAAUUUAUUGCCACACACCGAAUAAAAACAAAAUAAAAGCCCCAAAACUUCGACUGCAAGUCGAAGCUUUAAUACUCUUGCAGCAGCAAAAGAAUUCAAUUAGCUUAAUUCCUAGAAAGAAGAUUGUGAAACUAGAUUCUCUGCAAGGGUAUGCCCAAAAGCACGACGACGACAAGAAACGAUAUAAGAAUUUCCGUAAACUGGAUGGGUGGACAAUAACUAAAGAAAAACAAAA